AUGAAGACCAGCGGCUCCAUCACCCUUGCCUCCCUGCUGUUGCAUGCAGGGGCUGUCCUGGCGGGACCUGUUCUGGCCGUCGACGACAUCUUGUCACCACGGCAUUCGAAGCUGAGAAAGCGUGCCGAAUGUGGUUCUGGGAUUGGCUCGUGCAAUGCCGGAUCCUGUUGUUCGGAGAGUGGCUUCUGCGGAACGACGGGAGACUUUUGUGGUGGCUCAGCUUGCCAGCUCGAAUACAGUGAUUCUUGUGAUACUUUUUUUGGACCGAGUGGAAGCAGCACCGAGGGCAUUUCUCGCCCCAAACUUGGCAGUGUACCCUAUGGAAGCAUCAUCAAGACUUGCACAACCCCCGGUGUGGUCGCCCUCACAUUCGAUGAUGGCCCGCUCUCCUACACCAAUGACCUUUUGGAUCUUUUGGACUCGAAAGAUGUCAAGGCCACUUUCUUCGUGGCUGGAAACAACAGGGCCAAGGGACACAUGGACGAUUCAUCCCUCCCAUGGCCAGCUGUGAUGAGGCGCAUGUACGCUGCAGGCCACCACAUUGCCAGCCACACCUGGACCCAUCGCAAUCUCAAUCAGGUAAACAGCACCAUCCGAACAUCUGAGAUGAUCUACAACGAGAUGGCUUUCCGCAACUUGUUUGGUUGGAUCCCGACUUACAUGCGUGCUCCAUAUCUCGAGUGCAACGCUGGAUCGGGCUGCCUCGCUGAGAUGUCCAGACUUGGUUACCAUGUUGUGGACCAGAACGUCGACACCAAGGACUACGAGAACGACAGUCCUCAGCUGAUCCAGAACUCCAAGAACAGGUACUCUUCCGGGGUAUCUACCAACUCUGGCAGCAACCAGUACAUUGUUCUGGCUCACGAUGUCCACGAUCAGACGGUUCACAACCUGACUUCGUACAUGAUUGACACAGCCCGCAGCCGUGGCUACAGACUCGUCACUGUUGGCGAAUGCCUUGGUGACCCUCGGGCGAACUGGUACCGAACAGCCUCUCGAGACCGAGAUGUCACCAGCACCUCGACAGCUGCUGCUACCCAGACAGUGCCAGCCACCAAGACGACCACGACUACCAAGGCCACGGCUACAGGUGGACUCGUCAUUUCCCCCAACCAGAAAUGCGGAGGUAAUACGGGCUACACCUGUCAGGGAUCAGCUUUCGGUAGCUGCUGCUCCUGGUAUGGUUAUUGCAUGACCCCCGCUAACUUGGACCCCCACAGCGGCUCGAGUCCAAGCUACUGCGGAACUGGUUGCGACGCAGACUUCGGCUCUUGUACCCCUCCCAAGGGUGACAUCCACGACACUACCAACGGGCUCUGCGGAUCCGAAGUCAAAGCUUCGUGCAGCAAAUAUGGAGACAAGACGUGCUGCUCUCAAUAUGGAUACUGCGGCAAUAGCGCGACUCAUUGUGGAACCGGAUGCCAGAAGGGCUUUGGAAAGUGCACUUGA